UCCAAUUAUCAUCUGAAUAACUCGCGCGUCUCGCCUCGAGUGGGCGAAAUUUAAACAAAUAUACGCCCUGUUGGCCGUGUGUGUGCGUACAUAUGUAGUGUACAUAUAGUGUGUGAGAAUAAAUGCCACUAAACACACAAAAAUAAACGAAACGAAAACAAACUGAUAACCGCAGAAGUCGGACUACGACAACGUCUACGAGACCUCGGAGCACCAUUUACGAUCGUGCUUUAUAGUUGUCAUAUAGCUUAUACAGCUGUAGCUGUUGGUGUAGCCCCUUUCCAUCGCCAGUUCCAAUCCGAUCCUCACCUGCAGAUAAUCCGAUAAUUUACUGGUCUUCUUAUUCAGACCAGAGAAAACCAGGGUAAACAAUGGCACACUAACUGAGUUUCUUGCUUUGUGCACUUCAAGUGUAUAUAGCUUUAAACAAAGCGGGAAAGUUUAAAAAAAAAACUGAAACGUGGAACGAAGAGUUUAGUUGAAUAGUGAUACCUAUAUAUUAGCCGCCGACGCCAUGCCCAGAAGCCGAAGUAACAAAGACCCGGAGAAUAACAACAACAUGCGAUCCUGCUAAGAUCAGAGCGAACGCGAACCCAGCCGGAUCAUGAGUCGCCAGGAGGGAGCUUCAUCCCGUCCAGCCGAGGGAGCGGCCGGCCCAGUCACAUCGUCAUCCUCAUCGACAUCCUCCACCCAAUCAGUAAGUGCUGUUCUGGGCAGCAAGAUAUCCACAUCGACGCCUCAGAAGAACGAUGAACAGCAGGAACAGGAGUUCAUUAAUCAGAGCGUGGCCAGUGAGAUCGAGGCCAUGUCCAUUUCGGGAUCCGUAUCAGCGGACAGCAGCAGUGGCACCACAACGGGCGCCACGAUGAGCGGUAGUCCAGUGCCCAAGCGUAAUUUGAGCACGGCAAAUCUAUCACGGAUUCGUCCGCAGUCGAGCUACUCGGCUCGCGUCCUCAUCUUUGACGAUUCCGACCAGGAGGCAGCUGCCGCUGCAGCAGCUCUGGCAGCAGUUUCGUCAUCCUGCAACAGUAGUGUCAAAUCCUGCAGCGGACUAGAACUGCUGCCCACCUCGCCGGCCAAACUGUCCGUCGGCAACGAUAGCACCAAUGGCUCCUCGAUGAUGCGCAAUCUAAAUCUGACCAAGAGCUCGUCUGGUGGUCUGUCCGGAAGUUCCAGCUCCUUGCAUUCGAGGGGAUAUACAGCUUUGUUGCGGAAGAUUUCCUAUCAGCAGCACACCAACUCUUUGCGUGCAGUUAGCAGCGAAGCCUCAAAUCUGCUUCGUAUGCGUCAUUCCUCGCUGGGAAAGUCGGCUCCUUUCCUCACAGGCAACUAUUUCCGCCAUGAGCUUGCUGCUCCACCACCUAUUCAGGCACCUGGCUUUGGGGCUUCUCCCUCGGCCGGUCAUAACAUCUCAAGGUCCGGCAGCUGUGCUGGAAUUGGCAUGGCCAAGCACCAUCAUCAUUUGCACGGCGUUGUAAUGCGAGGAUCGGCUGGCGGAGGUGCUGGUUCAGCUGGUGGAUCCUCGAGUGGAGUGGCUCAUCAUCGACUCAGUUUAGUUACCAAUGCGGCUGCCGUUGCGGCGGCUGGCGGAUCCCGGGCUCAUUCUCCUUACUCGGCCAGCCCCGUGGACAGUCCGCGCCUCAAUUCACCAAUGCCGUUUGCAUUUGCUCCGAUCAAAAGGAUCGCCUCGUGCCGAGGCGUUGUGGACGGACGUCGCUGGUCCGUCGCCUCAUUGCCCUCCUCCGGGUAUGGCACAACUCCGGGCAGCUCCAAUUUAUCGUCUCAGUGCUCCAGCCAGGAGGGUCUUAACCAAUUGCCGCACAACAUUCCGCCCGGAGUCCAGGAGGCGGAUGCCGCUGCCGUGGCUGCCGGUGCCUGCUGUGCCGAGCACCUCAAGCAGCAUUGCCCCAAGCACUGUGCUCUGUUGCUGGCCGUUUCCCAAAAACAAAUGACACCACAGCCACCGAAGCCAUCGCAAUUGCAGCCCCAGAAACUAAUGGCAGCGACCUGUGCCAAUUGCUGCGCCGAACUGAGCCUGGCCUGCAGUGGCCAGCAGCCUGGUGGUAAUGGUGGCCCAUCGGCCAACAGCUCCGUCUCAAGUGCGAUGCAAGUUGGUGGUCGGAUGUCGCCCUAUUUUCGUCCACGCUCCCGAUCGCUGUCCAGUCCGUCGCGUUCACCAGUUGUGGACAAUGAGAUUGCCGUAAUGAACACUCUUUACAAGGAACGUUUUCCCAAGGCUACGCAGCAAAUGGAGGAGCGCUUGAAGCACUUCAUCAACGAAAACAAGAGUGCUGCAUGCAACAGCUUCAGAGAUUCACAGCCGAUAGUGCGUUUCGUGCACCAUCAGGUAUUGGAAAUGGCGCGGGAUUGCCUGCACAAAUCGGAAGCCAAGUUGAUAACCUCGCAAUAUUUCUAUGAGUUGAGUGAGAAUCUGGAGCGUCUGUUGGUAGAAACCAAGGAAAAAUCCCCGGAGGCCGCCGCUGAGCUAAAUGGUGUUAUUAAAAAGCUACUGCUGAUCAUCUCGCGACCAGCUCGGUUGCUGGAAUGCCUGGAAUUUGAUCCACAGGAGUUCUACGAGCUGCUAGAGGCUGCCGAGGGUCAUGCCAAAGCUAUGCCCGUGAUCAAGGCAGACAUUCCGCAAUACAUUAUCCAUAAGCUAGGCCUAAACCGUGAUCCCAUCGCCGAGUUGCAGCAGGAAUUGCGAGAGACACAGCAAAUGUGUUCGGAACAGGUCACCGUGGAUGCGGAUCCACUGCAUCCCGGUGGCAGUUUGCUCCUCAAUUCGCCCUUAACCAGCGCAGCUAAGCAGUUGAGCAGCCUGGCUUUGGAUUCCAUUGCUUUGGACUCGGGAAGUGGCAAGGCGACACCUCAACAGCCUCCUCAGACGCCGGUGGCGACGAAUGAAAUGGCUCCCUCUUUUGCGAUGGCUAUUAAUCAAAUGAAUGAGGAGAGAACAGGUGCAGGUACUGCAGUUGGUGGAUCGGGUGUGACAGGAACGGGAGCUGGAGGAAUAACUGGAGGCACAGCAGGAACAAUAACGGGCAGUGGAGCUCAACAGCCCUCACCUCACGAAAAUGAUUUUGACAUUGUCAAGCUGAUCUCAAAUGGUGCUUACGGAGCCGUCUACCUGGUGAAGCACAAGACUACGCGUCAGCGCUUCGCCAUGAAGAAAAUCAACAAAAAUAAUCUCAUCCUGCGCAACCAGGUAGAGCAGGUGUUUGCCGAACGUGAUAUUCUCUCGUUUGCCGACAAUCCCUUUGUGGUCAGCAUGUACUGUUCGUUUGAGACCAAGAAGCACCUGUGCCUGGUUAUGGAGUACGUGGAGGGCGGCGAUUGCGGCACGCUGCUCAAGAACAUCGGGCCACUGCCGGCGGACAUGGCCCGCUUCUAUUUCGCCGAGACAGUAUUAGCCGUAGAGUAUCUGCACAGCUACGGCAUUGUGCAUCGCGAUCUGAAGCCUGACAACCUUCUGAUCACGGCCUUGGGUCACAUCAAGCUCACGGACUUUGGCCUCUCCAAAAUGGGACUUAUGUCGUUGGCCACCAAUCUGUACGAGGGGUAUAUUGACUCAGAAACAAGACAGUUUUCCGACAAGCAGGUUUACGGCACACCAGAGUACAUUGCCCCCGAAGUGAUCCUGCGCCAGGGUUAUGGAAAACCAGUCGAUUGGUGGUCUAUGGGCAUCAUUCUCUAUGAAUUCCUCAUCGGUUGUGUGCCGUUUUUUGGGGAGACCACUGAGGAAUUAUUUGCGCACACUGUCAAUGAUGACAUCGAAUGGCCGGACAGUGAGGAUUGGCCUGUGCAAUCGGAAGCAAAAGACAUCAUUUCGCAACUGUUACAGCAGAACCCGAGAGAUCGUUUGGGCACCCAAACGGGUGCCCUUGAGAUGAAGGAGCACGAAUAUUUUCUGGGCAUGGAUUGGAACUCUCUGCUGCGUCAGAAGGCAGAGUUUGUACCGCAGUUGUCCCAUGACGAUGAUACCAGUUAUUUUGACACUCGCAUGGAUCGCUAUAACCAUGAUCUUGGCGGUGAAGAUACGGACGACACAGAUGACACGCCCGUCUUCGGCAGUUUUAAUUCGUAUACACCGCAGUAUAGGAAGCAGCAUUAUAGUUGGUCCCGUCAUGCCACACCCACGUCUACCGAUGGAGUCAAAUCAACGGCCACGCCACCACUUACAUCGCUGCCAUCGCGUGCCCAGGAAAUCCCAGUAGCAACUGUAGGUGCUACAUCAACUGGCGCCCUGCCUAAACUCAAAACGGGAAUGAUAAGCGGAAGUGGAAGCGGUAGUGGUUCGAAUAGCACCUCCAAUGAGGGAGUGGUCAACAAGUUCUUAAACACGCCACAACUGCGAAAGCUAGAUCUCUCGUCCAGUUGCCUAAAGGUGCCGUCCACCCCGGAUGCUGAUUACUUGCCCGAAUUACUGCACAAUGUCACGAUUGGAAAUGAUGCCGAGCUGCGAAUGUUGAAGCAUUAUCUCCAGCAACCUAAUCCCGGAGCCACACAGCGUCUGCAGCAGCGUCAUAGUAUGCCGCCAAAUACGACCACCAUUAUCAGCACACCGGCCACUCCGCCACCAACUCAAACUCAGGCAGCAAUGACAGCUACACCGCCAACGGCCACGGCAGGAAGCUUUUCGCGUAGCACGCCGGAGAGUUCUCAGACGGACAGUGAUGACUUCUCGCCGCAAAUUAACCGGAAACGUAAGGGCGUCUGCGCUAGGGACAUUCUGCCGCGUUUCUCUAUAUCAAUAGAAGAUGAAACUAUUUCCGCGGGCAGCUCGUCCACGGAGAAUAUGAACUUGCCAAGAGAACAAUCGCCGCUGGCUUUGCAGCAUCAACCAAAAUCCAUGGACGGCAGCAGCAGUGGUAGUAGCAUGAAGCAUCAUCGUUCCAGGUCAAUUGUAAAAUCUGCAUCUGCUUUGGGUUUGUCUCUGAUGACAUCACUAGACAAUAGUCAAUUGGCUGCGCAGUUGGUUGGGAUUCAAUCACCGGGUGGCGGAGGAAAUGGCUCCAGCACGGCCAGCUCCAGGGAUACUUCACCAUGUCGGGAGCUUUCGCCAUUGGUGACUAAUUUGAAGCCACCGAUAAUCAUUCGACGUGGACCUCGUGGAUUUGGUUUUACUGUCCAUACCAUUCGUGUUUACUAUGGCGAUACAGAUUUCUAUACAAUGCAUCAUUUGGUCAUGGCGGUGGACGAGGGCAGUCCUGCCUUUGAAGCCGGACUGAGGCCAGCGGAUCUCAUUACCCAUGUUAAUGGGGAAGCUGUGCAGGGUCUGUUCCACACCCAGGUGCUGCAGCUGCUUCUAAGUGGCGGCGAACAUGUAACUCUUCGCGCCACGCCACUCGAGCACACAAGCAUUCAAAGCGGUGGACGUAAGCGCGAUCUCAUGCAGAGCAAGUUGGCCAAGAAGGGUCUGAAUCGUCAGAAGAAGCAGACGAAGCGGGAGCACGACAAGAAGCGUAAAACCUCGCUGUUCCGACGUAUAAGCAGCAAGCGUGCAAAUGCGGAGAUGCAGCAGUACUCUGCUGGCACAAGUUCACCCACUACACCGUCAGCCAGAAAUUUGUCGCCGUUGGAUUCAUCGUAUCAUAGCAGCUGCUGCCAGUCUGCAGCCAACUCCUCAUCGCAAUCCACCUCGCCCUCAUCCUCAUCACCCAACACACCCACCGGCUCAAGUGGAUCCAACACAGGAUCCGCUCCAGUUGCUCCCUCGGCUCUUAGUGUGCAAUUGCCAGCAGCCCCGCCACCCACUCAGCUGGUGCUCUUGCCUCAUGUGGGAGCCGUUGUUGGCAGUAGUCCCACCUCUGUGGGAAAUGUGCCAGUAUCUCCUACUGGUGUCGUUCCGCAACUGUACCAGCGUCCAUCCACUCUACAUGGUCUCAAGCACAAGCUGCACGCGGCCACCGCCGUAAUAGCAGGCGGGGGCAAUGCCAAUAAUCCCGCCGGAGGACUGAAGACCCUCCAUACCACGAGCAACAAUUCGCUGCCCAAUCGUCGGAAGUCUGUGGGCCACAUUCCACUGUCUCCGUUGGCGCGGACUCCUUCACCAUCGCCGCUGCCAUCUUCGCCCACACGAUCUCCUUCUCCAUUGGCCUUUCCACUGGUUGGCCAUCAGCCAGGAGCCUCCAACACCACACAGUCUUACAGUCCGGGAAGCACACUGCCCACAUUGCAGACGGCAGUGAAUGCGAAUAGCAAGAAAGCAGGAUUUGCCCGGACCAAGUCGGCUGAGCCGAGUUCACCGCUGCUGAGGCGCGCCUUGUCCCCUGAUCGUUUGCACCCCCGUAGUGCUGAAACAAAGAUAUCGCCACUCUGCUGCUCGCCGCCCAUCAAACAACCGACGCAUCAGCGUGUGGUUACCACUACCUGGAGGUCGACUCAGGGGGGUAAUGCAGCGUCAAGUAGUGGAGCAGUCUCAGGUGCUCCGGCAGCUCAACCCCAGCAGUUGAUGACUGCCGCCUGUGAGGAAUCUCAAAGACAAACUUCUGGACCUGUAGCGGUUAAUACAACUGCUGCUGGAGCAGAGCCAAGCGCUACCACUGUGGUUACCCUCGCUAAUUGUGAGCCGCUGCCGCGUAUUGCCGAGGAGAAGGAUUCGCCAACUAGCACUCAGGACAGUAGCAGUGUGUCCGAGGGAUUCAUGCCCGCCAUCGAGGAAUACGCAGAGGGAGAGUCCUCGUCCUCGCCGACUCAGACCCUGGAGAAGCCGACAAAGGUAAAGGCCACUGAGCAGCCAGAGAUGGAGCCUGCUGGAAAAAACAAGAAGUUUGAUCAGGGUAAAACCACAACCCCUUUGGCACCCAAAACCAAGCCCCAGAACAGUGGCUGUAAAACUUCGAUGACAACGACAAAGCCUGCCAGUCCGAGCGUGACCAUUACCACAGGACCACGCAAGGACUCAACGGCUAUGACCGCCGGAGCCGGAACCACUGCAACAGGAUCAACUGCAGCCACUUCUGCUGCCAAGCAGAGGAAGUAGCGCCAGAGCAACCGAGGGGGAUAUGGAUGCUUAUGUUUUAAAUUUCAAGUUUAAACAAUUAUCUAAAAUGAGUAGGGGAGUGGUUUGUGGGCAAGAAAUGAAAGCCGCAGGAAUUCAAUAUAUGUAUAAUUAUAGCGAGGGAUUGCGUUUUAAACCUUUUUUCGAAGUAAGCUUGUGUGUUUUUGCGCAAAUCAUACAAUUUAGCAAUGAAAUUUAAUUAGAAAAUUCUGAAACCUAGUAGUUUGUAGAUGUCGUAACUAAAGGAAAACAAAAAAAAACAAAAAAACAAAACCGCUUAAAAACUCUUAAUGUAAAUUAGUAGCCACGAAAGUAAAACGAGAAAAAGCACGAUAUUCCAGUUAAAGCAAAUCUAAGAGGCACCACGCAAUUAUGUACUGUAUAUAAAUGUGUAACAUUGAUAGAAUUAAUGAAUUGUGGACUUCGAAUGAUGAGUCGAAUGGAGAGUCAUGGAACGGAAGGCAAGGUAUUUGGCCUGCGUUUAUAACAUUUUUUGCGAAUCUAUACACUAUGCCGAAAUCAAUAUAAAAUAUAUAUUAAAUAAAUGUUAUAUGUGUGUGUAUUAAAA